AUUUAUUAGACAACAUUUUAUUACCAAUGUGUAAGGAUGCAUAAAAUGUAUUUGUGAAUUGAUAGAGUUUCUAAGUAGCAGGCCAGUUGAAAAGAAAUCACCCAGCCCAAAACCACAUGCAUUCUGAGGAGAAUGAAAGAGCUAGAAGCUUUUAUCCACCUUCAGUUUGUACCAGUUGUGAGAAAACGUAAGUAACAAUGAGUGAAGAAUGUGCUAAACAAUUACUUGGCUGAUUAUUAACAUACUCAUACUUCUCAAGUUUGUAUCUUUUUGUGUGCUUUUCUCUGCUUCUGUGUAAGGGACAGGUUUUAAGGACGUACUACUCUUGAGGUACAUAACUGGCAUGCCCAAGGGCAGAUUUGGGAAGUAGCUCCCACUUCACACAACCAAGAGUGAUAGCUGCUGUGAGGCAGUGGUACAUCUACUGGUGGGGGGGGUGUGGUCAGAUCUCCCUCUGAGUGUGCCUGUUUGUCUCUGAAAACUAGCAGGAAAAUCUGAUGUGACAAAGCUUAUUUUGGUGCCUGCUAGGCAGUACAACUCCAGGUCUUAAGUGACAGACUACUGAAUUGGAAUCCAUGUAAUCUUAGCUCUACUCUGUGCUAGUUUUGACUGGGGUAGAGUUGAUUUUCUUUGCAGUAGAUAGUGUGGGGUUAUGCUUGGGAUUUAUGCUGGAAACACUGUUGAUAACACAGGGAUGUUUUAGUUACUCUUUAGCAGUGCUUGUACAGCCUCAAGGCCUUUUUUCUUCUCACAGUCUCAUCAGGGAGGAGACUGGGGACGCACAAGAAGCUGGGAGGGGAAACAGCUGGGACAGCUGGCUACAACUGACCAAAGGGAUGUGCUAUAUGACCCAUACCAUAUGCUAUCAUACUCAGCAAUAAAAAGUGGGAGAAGAAGAAGGAAGAGUGGGGACAUUUGGAGUGUUGGCAUUUCUCUUCCCAAGUAACACAUGCUGGAGCUCUGCUGUUCUGGAGGUGGAUGAACAUCUACCCACCCAUGGGAAGUGGUGUUCUGAGAGCUAUUUCUACCAAUGCUUUAAUGGAACAGUUGCGUUUAAAAUAUCAACAAAGGCCAUGGACUGAAACUCUAAAACUUGUUUAUUUUUGCAUGGGUAACCCACAUCGAAAGCCUGUCAGUAAUGCUCCAGAUGGUCUAUUGCUUUCCUGCACGGAGAAGAUAGAGAGGACAUUAAAUGCUAAAUCCAUGUUUUCUGUGAUGAAUACGUUGGAACUUUUAUCCAGACAAAAAGGACUUACUGUUCAUGUUAGCCCCAGUGGAACUGCCUGCUACAUAACAUCAAUGAUGUUUUAUGUAGAAAUUCAGCUGGAGAAGGAUGGAGAUGUGAUGGAUGUAAAGCUGGCUCACUUUGAAGAAGCUCCUGUGGUUUGUGAUGACUUGGUCCAGCUACUAAGGAUGAAGAACUAUGAUGCCUUUGGCAAGAUUCUAGAAGACCUGUCAAAUAUGUAUCAAAUUCCAGGAAACAGCGAAAUGAAAGCUAAGGGAUAUCUUGCUUUGCAGGCCCUUGAAAAAGAUCUUUAUUCAAUGUCUCUUCUGGACAGAACACAGGAUCUAAACAGAGUUACUGAAGUACUUAAUGGAAAAGUAGGACACCUGGUGCCAAGAACUGGAGGAACCCCAAUGAACAUUGAAUUCUACAUUUCUCCCUAUCAAGUUUUGGAAGCAGAACUAAAUCAUGGUUCCCAGGUAUGUGGAACAAAAACAGUUGUAACUGUUGAAGGCAUGGAUACACUCCACAAACUGCCUCUGUCUCCAUUAAUUGUAGAUCCUCAAGCUGGAGAGGACAGCAGCCUUGUUUUUUUGCAACUGACUGAUGAACUCAGCAUGGAUUUGCCAGCUCUUUUUGUUCUGAAGUUUCAUCAACCUGUUCCAAUGUCUUCAUCCAGUAUUGAAGAAAUACAGAGGCUCACAGGAAUUCAGAUUUCUGGCUUGAAACUAGCUCCACUGUAUGAGCUAAUUGUUCAGUCUACUCUUAAAGAAAAAUGCAGUGAAGACUUGUCUACAAAUAAAUCUUGUUUCUUUGUGUCUCUUCCAGAUUGCCCAAAACACUGUUACUUCAUAAACAAAGGUUCAGAAAAAUCAGAUUUAGCAGGAGCUUUGGUCAGUAAAAUCCCAUUUAGCCAUCCAAAGUGCGUGCCUGGCGUAAUAGAGAUUCUUCGACAUCAAGUGGCAUAUAACACUCUUAUUAGCAGCUGUGUCUCUGAGAAGCAUAUAAAUGAAGAUGAUUCAGAACUGCUUUACUUUGAAGUGGUACCACACAAGAACACCAGCUUUUCUGUCUUUUUCCUUCAUCCUGUGAAAGAGAAUUUAGCCUGUGUUGUAAUUGAUGUUAUAAGCUCUAGAGAAGUCCAAUGUCACCUUCAUUUAAAUCCUCAAGAUCCAACUCUAAAUUCUAGUGAUGACUUCAUAGCAAGAGUUGUGAAACGUUGCAUGUCAGUCCCAGUUGUCAUGAGAGCUCUUUUCAGGAAUGCUGCCAAGGUGAAAGCUGACAGUGAAACACAAGACAUGAACAUGGAACAACAACCUGAACCACAAUCGGAGCAAACUACAGAUUCUAGCAGUCUCAAAGAAAGCCUUUCUGGGGCUGGUCAGCAAGAUUGGGUAGUGACAGAUAAGCCAAAUAAUACAGACAGCACAGAAGAAGAUUUCUCUACAGCCAAACUGGAAACUCUGGGUGAUAACAUGGAAAAAGAGUAACCUCUCACUAUGCACUGAAACUUAGGAGGAAAGUAAUUCCAUAGCUGGUAUAGAAGUGAUAUGAUAGACAAAAACCUGAUGGCUUUACAAACAACAACAAAAAAGUCUACUUAGUAAUUUGUGAAUUGUAUCUCCUCUAUGCAAACUUUUACAUAUGGGAAAGUAGUUCCCUUGAAUCUGCAUUUUUCAACAUCCAAAUCUCUAAAGUCUAAAACUGUUCUAUUAUUUUGUCUUGUUACUGAAAACCUCAAAAAUUGCCUUGGUAAAUAAGAUGCCCUCUAAUACUGUUUUUUUUAUUGUUAGAAGGGAAGGCAUUACUUUAUUCUUGGUCAAGAGAUGUGUGUGGCUGACAAAGUUCCAGCCUCAGUGUUGACCCUGAUACAAAACUCUUUCACUUAUUUAUGCAUUUUUAGCAAACAAAGACAUUAAUUUAUUCAUUGGUUUAAUUAGUAUUCUAUACCCUGUUAGUUAUUGAUUUCUUUCUCUUCAUGCUAAUCUGGUCCUCAUCCUUUUAUCUUUUUCUCAGACAGUCUCCAACUUUCCAGGCCUUAAUCUCCUCUAUAUCCUCCAGUUACUCGAAUGUCCUUGAAUGGCCAUAAAUUUAAGAUCCCAGAUGCCAAAUCUUCUAAUUCCUUUGGCUUUGUUUAUUGCAGAUUGUUAUGCUUGGUUUUAACAAUCUUAAGGUUUCAGUGAUUUAAAGAUCAUAGUAGGUCAGUGAAGAAACUUAACUGGUGUUGGCUAUAAGUGGACACUGCUUACAAUUGGUUAAAACAACUAUUUAAAAAUUAGUUAGGUAAGUUAUAUAACUUCCAACACUGUCUGCACCAUAUAUACUAUCAGACUAUGGAAGAAAUCUGUGUCUAACAUACAUGAUACAGUCUAUAACACAACACAGGCAUUUGAAGAAAAGUGAUAUUUAUCCAUAUCAACAUUAUGCUAAAUAAAUUGAGAAAAAGUUACUUGAA